UGUGCUUGGAGGCUUCGAAAAUUAUCUAAACUUGAGGACAUAUUUAGUUAUCUGAACUGUCCUACUUUUCAGACAACACAACUGAAUUACUUAAUGCAAGAUUCUCCUCAAGUCAAGACCCUAAGCAGAAUCGGCUUCGAGCAAGCAUCGUGUUGAUAAAGAAAUCAGAGUGAAAAUCUACGCAUUUKCCACCAGCAUUUCCUUGAUGGCUUUUCGUUUGAUAYCCAUUCUGUUGGGCUUCCUACUAUUUCAAUUCGUAAAAAGCGAGACAAACUCACUUUGUCCUGAKUCUCAAAAAGCAUCAUUUUAUUGGCUUCCAUAUGGAGAAGAACUGGCAUACUCGAACAACACGAUGAGUGGCGACUUAUAUGUUUUYCURUCUGCCGCUUUGGAAGUUUGUUGCCCUUCCCUGGAACUUAAAUACUUCCAGAUGAAAGUUAAUUCUUCGAAAGAAAUUGAACUUUCAAUUCGCGAAGACAGAAGUCAAUCCCUCKCGUUGUACUUUCCAGUUUUUGCGAAUAAAUAYCAAAAGGAGAAAUUCCAGAGACCAUUCAUAGGYCURUAUGACUCUCCUGGACCUAUCGUAUUUGCAGUAGAUCAGCCUUCCCAAAAAGGAGCUGUUUUGACCGCGUUAACAAAAUCGUGGCAGAUUCCCGCCCUGUGUGUUCUACUGGCAUCAAUAUCAGGCGUAAUUCUGUGGUUUUUGGAUCAUAAGCAUAACAAAAGAGAGCUUCCACAGGAAUUCCACAAAGGAUCUUGUGUUGGAUUAUGGUGGGCAUUUGUUACUAUGACAACAGUAGGAUAUGGUGAUAUUGCCCCAAAGUCUUUCCGAGGUCGGUUAUUUGCCGUCAUAUGGAUGAUAAUAGGAUGCAUAGCAUUGACUUUAUUCAAUGCUCAACUCACGGCCAUGAUAACUAGUAAUGAAAUCCCAACAGAAAUCAACCUUAUUGGACAAAAAAUUGUCAUACCAAGAGGAGGAAAACCCUUCUUAGAAGAAGAACUAAAUCUUGGAGCACAAUUUCAAGAGGAAGAUUUUGUAGACAUUGUUAACAAGAUUUCUGAGAAAUCUGAGGAUUUAUUGAUGAUGUACAAUUACGAAUACAUCAAGAUGGCUCAGAAAUUCAGUGAAGCGACAUCACCGAAACCGUCAACUGUCAAGAUUCUGAAAACAAUAGAUCAUCGGUUCACUAUUGGUAUCACAGCAUCUGGGAAUAUUAGUAACACAGAGGGUUUUCUGAGAUGUGUCGAAAGACAAGUCGUGGAUAGCAUUGUCAUCAAAAAGCAAGAAGUGUUCCAAGCUCUUCAAUCCGUGAUAAACGACGCGCAACCAACUGUCAAAAGCGACACAAGCAACGACCUACCUUACAAUCUUGAAACCAUGGCCACACUUCUCGCUCUCUCUGUCCUUAUUUUACUAAUUGCGUUAGGUCUUCUUAUGGAGUUCUGUGGACGAAAGAAGAAAGAUAACACUACUGGUUCAACAGCAAACUAUAGUGAUCAUCUCCAGAAUCAAAACCAAAACAACAUCCAUUUAACAGCAGCUCCUGCUGAUGUCAACCCAGAACAAGGUUGGUACCGUUACAAAGACUGGCCAACAAAAGAAGUCUAAAAGAAAUCACCAUAUCUUCCAUCUAUAACUAUCAGUAUAGGAAUUCACACCUCAAACUUCUAGCUGGAAUGCUGGCAAGAGAAAACUAUAAAAAGAAGAUAAUUUCUAAAUAUGAUAGAAUUGCAAAAUUCAAGCGCAUGUGUUAUGGGUGCAUAGUCAUUAUCCAGACUCGUACCCAGUCGCUUCUCCGGCUUUUUUCAGAGACGCGCAAUGCAUCAAGGGAAGGGCGAAGGGAAAGCGCCCGCCUUCCCAUCAACCUCUUCGAGCGUAAGUAACGACUGGGUACGAGUCUGGUCAUUAUCCACUGGGCAUGUUUAUCUAAGUCGAAGUCACAGUGCAACGUCGGGAGCUGAAACAACGUAUGGACUACCCGCACAAGCCUUCGAAACGCUCCAAGUUUCAAAAAAAAAAAAAAAAAAGAAAWGKUUUUUUCMUUUCAAUUUAUAAAAGACUGCAUGACUGUCAUUUACCUUGCUUUGAGCAGUAUAACAUAAGGCGACGUCAAAAUACCACCAAAAAAGAGAUGGCUGCAGCUAAGGAACAUAACUCAGGGCAUAUCAGGGAUAUAUCAAGGACAGUCUUCAAGGAGGAGUGCAAGUCAACCCAGGAUGGGUUCCGCACCGAAAAGGUCCCGAUUCCCAAAGCUUAACGGACGCACAAAAUAUAAGAGAAAGCUUAUUAAAUGUUGUAACGUCACAGGGGGUGUGCCCACCCCCUGAACCCACUAGAUUCGCCACAGCAAACGUUAUCUGACAUGUAUUUGUUAGAGWUCACGCCGUAAAUCCGUGUACUGUAAAAGUUGCUGUGAUUCAAGGAAGGAAUGGUUCUUAAUUUUUCCUUGGUCCGGUUGAAACACGUACAAAUGUAGUGGUUGUUACCCGGCCACUCGUGUUUUUGUGUGUGUUGAUCAGUUAGUAGAUACUGACGAAAAGGCUAAUCUCACGAUAUGAAACGUACGUUUUAGUACUGCAGCGGAUGUAUGGCGUGCACUCCGAUACGAAAAAUAUCUGUAAGUUCUAUUGGCUGGGUAGGGAGGGGGGAWAUACCCCUCUCCUUCUCUCGUUCAUCUCGGCAAUGAACGCGCAAUGAACCUACUACCUUCCCGAAGACGUGCUGGUCAGGCUUGUCUAGAUAUUUUCACCUAACAUUACAUAAAAAUAUCUUCAUUGUUUCAGUAAGUUUCCCACGAUUAAAUCUAUUAACUACU